AUGGCGUCGUCAUCGCGGCCCUCGUCGCCCACUAGCAACGGCCACACCAACGGCACCUCCUCACACUCCAACGGCGCGGAUGCCUCGUCGUCCAGCACAGCACAUGCAGCAGCAGCGGCAGCACCAGCAGAGCCGUCUGAGCAGGACAAGCAGCAGGCACAGCAGCUCAAGACCGAGGGCAACUCGCACUUUUCGUCCAAGCAGUACUCGAAGGCCAUCGACGCCUUCACGCGCGCGUACGAGCUCGAUCCCACCGACUCCACCUUUCUCACCAACCGCGCCGCCGCCAAGAUGAGCCUCAAGAUGUACAAGUCGGCGCUGGCAGACUGCCAGCUCGCCAAGGACGUGCAGGCCAAGCAGUCGGCCGACGGCGUGGCGCAGCCCAAGACGCUUGUGCGCCUCGCGCGCUGCCACCUCUACCUCGGCAACCCCUCGGGCGCCCUCUCGGUGCUCAAGCCCGUCGUCAGCAUGGAGGGCAUCGACGAGGCUACGCUCAAGCAGGCGAGCCAGCUGCAGAAGCAGGCCAACAGUGUGGCCGACCACCUCGCCUCCUACCACAGCCUCUCGGCGCAGAACGAUUGGUCGGUUGCCGGCUUUGCGCUCGACCAGGCGCAGCAGUAUGCCGGGUUGGCAGAGGCCGAUGUGCCGCUGGCAUGGCGCAUCAUGCGCGCCACGGUGCAUCUGCACAAGAAUCAGCUGGACAACGCCAACAGUGUGAUCGCUGAUGCGCUGCGCGCCGACUCGAGCGACCCGGAGGCGCUGCUGGUGCGCGCGCGCAUCCUGCUCGCCAAGGGCGACACGGCCAAGGCGGUAGCGCACUGCCAGGCGGCGCUGCGUUCGGAUCCGGAGCAGUCGGGUGCGCGCGACCUGCUCAAAAAGUGUCGUCGUCUGGAAGCCAAGAAGGAAGAAGGUAAUACGGCAUUCAAGGCGGGCGACCACGCUGCAGCCGUUGCGCGAUUCAGCGAAGCGCUGGAGCUGGCCGACGAAAACGCGGCGCGCGACGGACCGGCACAAGGAUUCAAGGCUAUCCUCUACUCGAACCGCGCCACGGCCAACUCCAAGGCGGGCGAGCACGAUGCGGCUGUGGCCGACUGCGAUGCAGCGCUGGAGCUCGACUCGGGGUACGUCAAGGCGCUGCGCACGCGUGCCCGCGCGCUGCUCGCCACCGAAAAGUACGAAGAGGCGGUGCGCGACUUCAAAAAGGCGCUCGAGGAGGCGAGCGUGGGCGGCGGACGCGAGGCGGAGCAGCUGCAGCGCGAGCUGCGCUCUGCCGAGAUCGACCUGAAGCGCAGCAAGAAGAAGGACUACUACAAGAUCCUCAGCGUGGCCAAGGACGCCUCGGACAGCGAGAUCAAGAAGGCGUAUCGCAAGGAGUCGCUCAAGCACCAUCCGGACAAGGGCGGCGACGAGGAAAAGUUCAAGCUGUGCGCCGAGGCGUACGACGUGCUCUCCGACGAGAACAAGCGCCGACGCUACGACGCGGGUGCCGACGACCUCGAGCACGACGGCAUGGGCUUCCCCGGCGGAGGCAUGGGUGGCUUUGGUGGACCUGGCGGCGUCGAGAUCAACCUCGCCGACCUGUUCGGUGCCGGUGGCGGCAUGGGUGGCAUGGGCGGAAUGGGUGGGAUGGGAGGCGGCGGAUUCCACGGCAUGGGCGGUAUGGGUGGCAUGGGCGGUGGCGGCUUCCCAGGCGGUAGCAGGAGAGGCGCGCGUCCCCCGCCCGGCUUCCACUUUGGCUGA